UGCAUCUUUUAUUUAAUUAGUAAUUAAUAAAUAUCUUAAGAUUUACAUCAAAUAUAAAGCAUAUAAUACAUUAUAAUCAAUUAGAAUUUUAAGAAGAUAUAGCAAUCAUGGAGGAACAAGCUUAUUAAAUAGUUUAGCAGUACAAUAGCACUUAUUUAUAGCUAUCAAAUAUUCAAAAAAGCUUAGAUGAUCAUACACGAGUUACUAUUCAAUGUUAUCAAAUGGGAAAUAUGAAAUCUGAUUAAUUUAAAGAUUUUUUAAAGUUGUUAUAAGAGUCUUUCUAAUCACUUAAUAUUUCCUAGGAUAAUUUAAAAUUAAUUAAAACUAAACUAUCGCCAUAUUUAAAGCAAAAAGAAUGGAAUAAAAGUUUAAUGAAUUUGUAAUUUUAAGAUUAUGUCAUAUAAACUGAGUGGCCUGGAUACGAGUUGCACAUGAUUGCUGCAGGUGCAAUAGCGUUUUAUGAUUCUGACUCUAACGAUAUAAAUUAAUUUUAAGAAGAGUUUAUCAAACUUAAAAGCAGAGUAUCUUAAAGUCGUUAAACACUAAUGAAGCUCUUUAUUAUGGGUUCUAAAGAAAAAGAUAUCAGAGAGAUGGUUCCAUAUGAAACAUCAUUUUGCUUUCUUGAAGAUAUUGAAAUAGAAAGAGAAGCAAGCUAAAUAACUCUUUAAAAUUAAAUAUAAUAGAUUAUUGUUGAUAUUUCUAUCAAUUUUGCUCUCGAGUUAGAAAAACUUAAGUCAGAUCCUUAAAAUACUGUAAAAGUUCAUAUGAAAGAAGAAAAGGUGACUGAUUCUUCUAAGCUUAAGAAAAGAAAAGAAGGAAGAGCUUUAAAAAUGAUGGGCGAUUACUGUAUGAUGUUGCUAUCAUUUGAAGAUGCAAUAGGUUACUAUUCAGAUGGUUUAAAGAUUCUUAAAAAAUGUGAAGAUUACUUAUGGAUAGCUUCUUGCUAAACAAGCUGCACAGCAAGAAUAUAUUACAAGUUCAAAAAUAAAUUAUUAAUAACAGCUUUAUCCGUUAAUGAUUUUGAGUAAGAAGUCUCUACAAGGAUGAAAGAAGCUAUGGAUUGCAUACUUAAAACUAAAUUUUCAAAUUUCUUUAUUGAAAUAGCAUUUAAAUAUAUGAAAGUUUUAUCUGAGUAUUAAUUUAAACUGUAAUUUAAUGAUAUGGCUUACUAUUUUGAAAUGAAUUAUACCUUAAAUGAUAAAGUGGAGUCUUCACAAUGCUUUUAGUCUAUUGCUGGUAUGUACAAAUAACUUGGUAUGCUUAGAAAAUAUGGUUUCUAUCUAAGAAAAGCUGCCUUGCUGAUUAACAAAUAUAAUUCAAAUGUUUGUUAAAAAUUAAUGAGUAUAGCUGCUAAAUAUUAUAAAUUUUAUGAGUUAAGUCCUUUUGGAGAAGGAAAAAAGAGUGAAUAAUUUUGGCUCAAAAUUUAAAUGGCAUUUUUAUUUGAGUUUAUAGAGUGUCUUGCUGAUUAACCUAAGCUGAAAAAUUAAGUUUAAAAGCAUAUCAUUAAUGUAUUUACUGAUUUAAAUAAAUAAGACAAGGAGAGAAUUUAUUUGUCUUUAAGAAAUGAGUGUCCCUAUACUCCUAAUUAUAGUUACUUUAUUUUUGAGCAUCUUCCAGUUGUUAAAAAAGUUGACAUAAUCCCUUCUAAUCAAUUAAUUAGACCUAACGAAUAAGAGAAAAAGGGUUUAUUUAUUUACAAUCCUUUUUAGAAAAAAAAUUUGUAGAAACUUAAAUUUCCUUCCGAUGAGCUGAUCAGUUUUAAAAUUACUUUGGUGAAUUCGUUUGGAUUUGAUUUGUAGAUUGACUGCAUUGUCUUUGAAGUUAGUGGUGUAGAAAUAUUAAAUUAUCCCAAUAAUAUAUUUGUGAGUAAGAAUCAUACAGAAUUUGUGAUAGAAUAAAAUAUAAAACCACUUAAAUCAGGUAAUUUGAGCAUCGAAGCAAUCAAAUUUAGAUGCUUUAACACUGUUUAUGAGCAUUGCAUUGACGAAAGAGGUUUCGGAUUGAUUUACCUUUAAAAACACUAAGAUAAAAUUAACCUGUAAAACAACUAAAAAAAAGUUUAAUAUGAUUUGAAAAAUAUUGAGAUUUUUGAUAAGCUUCCUCAUCUCAACGCUGAACUGUUGGGAGAUAUCGAUUAAAAUGGAAAUAUUAUUUUUGAGAAAUCUCAAAAAAUAUAAUUCUAAAUAAACUUGAAAAACAUAGGAGACUUACCAGUAACUUAGCUAAAUAUUUCAGCAUGCAUUGAUUACAAUUAGCCACCAAUUUAGGAAUUUUAAUAUAGCUUUGAAGAAGUUGGUGAGGUUUCUAUAAACAAAAAUGAGAGUAUAACAUUGAUUUUUGUUGAGCAGAAUUCUAUUUUCAAGCAAAAAAAAGGAAAUUUUAAAGUACUAUAGUUACCUUAACUGAAGCAGUCUUCUUAUGAAGUUUCUUAAGUGACUUUUGUGGUAAGUUAUAUGGAAAACAGUAGCAGCAAGUUUAUCAAGGAAAUACACUUAAAAAAAAAUAUAACAGUAAAAGAGAGUAUUUUGAUUGACAGUAUGGAAAUAUAUGAAUAAAACUAAAAGAUUAUAGAAGAUUCAAGAGUUUAAAAUUAUUAUUUAAAUGAUUAUUUUUACGUACAAAUGACAUUCAUUAAAACAGACGAUAAUAUAAUUUCAUAGCAGCAAUAAUUGUAGUUUGGUGAAAGUACAUAAUAUAAUUAGAAUGAAAAUAAUAGUGGUGCCAUUCUAUUAUUCCCUUAAAACUCAAACAUAAUUGAUAAUUAAUUUACUUUAACUUUUUAUGAGAAAUAAAACAGCAUUGAUUAGUGCGACCUUUACUCAAACAAUAAAAGGGUCACAAAAAUAUUUAAGCUUCAGAAGGUUUAAAAGCUCAUUGAAGAGCAAGACGAAGAAGAUUAUGAUCCAUAGGAAUUUAUGCAAAAGAAAUUUAGAGAAAUAUUUUCAAUAAAAUGGAAGGAUGUUCAUAGAUACUCCGAAGGUUUGCUGCCUCUACCUUCUUUAGACACAGCUAACUUAAAAAAAAUCUUCUAGCAACCAAUUCAAAUAAAGACAAAUAUUAAAUUACUAAGUGAAGAAAGUUAAGUUUAAACUUAUUUGAAUGAGUACACAAUUACAUUUUGUGACAUGAAUCAGGUUGGCCUCUCAAACAACUUGUCAUGUGAGCUGAGGUUGGAUAAUAACAUCUAAGAAGGUUCUGAAGUUUUAUCAUUCUAAACAUAUUAUGUACUAGAUGGUAAAACCAGAUAUAACUUAAAUUUGAAUGACAUAAAAAUGAAUGACCAAAAUAAAGGAGAGCAUAAAGGUUAAUGCUUCUUUAAAAUAUAUGGCUAGCAACAUAAAAAACAUUUUAUUUUUUGCCUAACAAUACUUGACAAUAUCAAAAAUAUAAACUACAAUUUCUCAGAAAAUAUAAUGCUUUGAUAUUUUGUAAUUUAAGCUAAUGAUUUGUUAAAUAAAAAUAUUCAUUAAUAGGCUCUUUAAUCAAUUAAUUAGACAAGUUAAACAUUUCUAAAAAUUAGAAUUGCUUUCUUAAAAAAGCUAAACAGUAUUUUAAAUAUUUUUAACUUUUUUUGUUUAUAGGCAUUUAUAAAUAUUUAUUUACCCUUAAAAAAGUUAUCUUUUAAUCUUAUAAAAAAAAAUAUUUGAUUUA